CGGUACAUUAAACAUUUAAUAAUCAGAAGAAGUUGGAAUUCAAAACAACAAAUGUGAUGUUGCUAUUUGACAUUAUUUAAAAGAGUGUGUGUAAGCACAAAUGCAUAAGCAUGCCUGACUGAUCAUACGUCUGUGUGUGAAAAUUGAUAUUGUACUUGCUUUACCAUCACUAUAAAUAAUGAACUAUUUUAUUCUACAGAUGUGACAUAUUUCAUUAAAAUGAGCCUGGUUAACGAUUCUUAUCUGACUGCAGGUUCAAGCAGUGAAACAGUAGAAACAUGAUGAGGAACAUCUGGGUCUUUGUCUUUGUGCUGCUCAUCCUUCCUCCUGUUUGUGGGCAGCAAUCAGGCCUCAGAUUUGUACAAUUGACAUAUUAUAGCAUGAUUGGAACUUGGGAAGAAGCCCAAUCAUUCUGCAGGAGCAGAAACACGGAUUUGGUCACGAUUAGAAGUGAUUUAGAAAAUCAAAUAGAUUUUGGUUUUGAUUAUUGGAUUGGAUUGUACCGAGACAAUGUAACCGUACCAUGGAAGUGGUCCAGAGGAAAUGAGACAGCAACCUUUUUUAACUGGGCUCGUUAUGGUAAGAAUAACUUUCAGCAGCUUAUUUUUAACAGUUUAUUAUUUGUUCAAGGUGACAAUGACAGUUUUAUACAGAAUAAGCUUUUUUUCUGUGAAAUAUUGGGAUUUAAUCUGAUUAUCCAUAAUCUUCUUUCUGUUUCAGAACCUCAAGAUGAUGAACACUGUGGCCUUAGGUGGAUCCAAACUAGAUUUUGGCUGAAUGAUUCAUGUGGGAAGAAACAUUAUUUUUUGUGUUCUGAUGAGAGCCUGGUUCUGGUGAAAGAGAAUAAGACAUGGGAGGAGGCUUUAGAAUACUGCAGGUCGCUGGAGGUUGUAAACUCAUUGAAUCCAACCUACGACCUGGUCACCCUGACCUCUGCAGAUGAUCACAACUACGCAAGAGAUAGAGCACAACAGGCUACCACUGAUGAGGUUGGCUAUGGUUCUAUCCUGUCUUUGAGUUGCUAAACUUCUCUGACUUCUGAUUUUACUUGCAUCUCUCUGCUAAAUUUUGUUAGGUGUGGACGGGCCUACGUUACCUGGGUGAUGAUUGGUUCUGGGUGAGUGGAGAAGCGGUAUCAUACCAGAACAUUCCCAAGUGCCCAGCUGUGAGUUGUGGCGUUCUGGAGAAGAAAAACCAAUUAUUGUUUGGGAUACGAGACUGCAACCA